AUUUUUAAAUUACGAAAAUAUCUUUUUAAAAUGUAUAAUUCUACAAAUUACACUUUGAUUCAACAUAAAGUGUUCUAAAAUUGAGUGUUACAAGCAAGGUCUUCCUAAAGCUAAAACGGCAAGAGUACUAGCUGGGUAGCUAGGUGGAGAUGGAGAAGAGCUCGACCAAGCACUUUGUACUUGUGCAUGGAGCCGGCCAUGGAGCAUGGUGUUGGUAUAAGGUGGCAAGCUUGUUGAAAUCCUCAGGUCAUAAGGUCACAGUCCUGGACCUAGCUGCUGCUUCUAGGAUCCACCCAAAACAGGUGCAUGAAGUAAAGUCCCUUUCGGAAUACCUCGAGCCUUUGAUGGAAUUCAUGGCAUCUCCGCCAUUAAUGGAGGAAAAGGUGGUCCUUGUCGGCCAUAGCAAUGGACGUCUCUGCAUAUCUGUUGCCAUGGAGUUUCCUAAGACAGUCUCUGUUGCAGUGUAUGCCACCGCCGUCAUGCCAGGUCCCGUCUUGAGUAUCUUGACGCUAGGCGAAGAGGUAGUACUCCCAUCUCUCUCUCUCUCUCUCCCAACCUUACGCAGUGACUGUGACUUGGGAUUGUCUGCAGACCGUAGAUUAUUCCUGUGGGGAUCCCCUCUAUUAGUAUAUUUAAUAUACCACAUCAAACUACCAGGGAGAAAUACGGGCAAGUUCCUAGAGUUUACAUCAUUUGUGAAAAAGACAAUGCGAUCAAGGUGGAUGAUUGAGAACAAUCCAGCACAGGAGGUGAAGGUAAUUGCCGGUUCCGAUCACAUGGUGAUGUUCUCGCAACCGAAGGAGCUGUGCUCCUACCUCCUUGAAAUUGCAGACAAAUAUCCUAAAAACUUGGCUCCCAUAUUAAUCAUGUGCUUAAAAGUUUUAUGGCAAUAUUGGUCUAUGAAAGAAGAGAAAAAACCCAGUGAUUUGAAUAUUCAUCGGGCUAGUUCAUGA